UGUUAAUGUUCACAGUAACAACCAUUUUAUGAGCGCACUUUGACCUCGUCUUCAUUUGAGCCGACACACACAUCAGGACUCCAUGAUGGAUCACUCUAAGGACGGACUUCCUGUCGUCUUCCUUCUCCUUACACUCUUUUGUGGAGGUGGUUCUCUGCCAAUCGAUCCGCCUCAGCUCGUCACGGCGAUGGUCGGUGAUGACGUUGUUCUGCCCUGUCAGCUGGACCCCCCCGUGGAUGCUGUUGCCAUGACGAUGGAGUGGGGGCGAGCGGACAUGAAGCCCAGAUUCGUCCUUGUGUGGCACAAUGGAAAGGAGCUGCUGGCUGGUCAGAACCAGGCCUUCAAGGGCAGAGCUUCACUGUCCAUCAGCGGGCUGCAGCAUGGAGACGUGUCUCUGAUGCUGUCCUCCGUGAAGGUGUCUGACAGCGGGACGUACAGGUGCUACCUCCAGGAACUCAACCAGAAACAUCAGGUCCAGCUGCUUGUAGGUGCGUCCUCGUCCCCUGCGAUCAGCCUAGCAGGCCUCCACCUGGCCAGCAGCGCUGUGGUUCUUCACUGUGAGUCCAGAGGCUGGUACCCGGAGCCAGAGAUGCUGUGGAUGGACUCUGAGGGUAAGCUCCUCUCUGCUGGACCUCCAGAGACCCUCAGAGGUCCUGGUGACCUCUACAGCGUCAGCAGCAGCGUGACGGUGGAGAAGAGACACGGCAACAUCUUCACCUGUAGAGUCCAGCAGAGGAACAUCAACCAGACCAGAGAGACUCUCAUCACGGUUCCAGACGACUUCUUCAUGACUGGUUGCACUCUUUCAGUCGCCUUCAGUGUUGUGUUUGCCUUCCUGUUUGUCAUCGCUGUUGUUCUUCUGCUCUGGAGAUGGAGACAGAACAUAACAGACACAACGACACAGCAGCCUUUGAUGGAGGAGGAGAGAAGAAAAGAGGAAGUAAAGAACAUGGAGGAAGAUCUCAAGAAGAAGGAGGAAGAACAGAAGGAUUUAAUGCAGGUCAUUGAUACUCUGACAGAAGGGUUUAAGGCACUGAUAGAACAGAAACAAAAGGUUCAAGAGCAAAUAACGUGGCUACAGAAACAAGAUGAGGAAAAUGAAGAGAAGGUUGUUUCAGUGGAGAGAGAUGAAACAGAGAAGACAGAGGGCAAAGGUCAGGGACACCUCAAAAUGAGAAGAAUCAUAACAGAGAACAACUGGAAGCUGCAGAAGAGGAAAGAAGAACUUCAACUACUGAGUGUGAACUUAGAUAUAAUAUCAAAGAAAUCAGAAGAGGACUUAAAGAGGUUCAAAGAGAGGAAGAAGAGUUUAGAUAUCGAUGUGGAGAAAAUAAAGAAACAUCUGGAGGAGAUACAGAGGAAGCUCAGUGAGAAGGAGGGUGGAGAUAAAAGAGGGAGGAGGAGACAGGAAAGAGGGGAGUAGGGGGGAGGAAGGAUGAGGGAGGGAUUUUUGAGUUUUGAUUUUUUUAAACCUAUAUUUUCUUACACAAAAACAAACACAAACAAAGGCCCCACCCUUCAUUCACUCUGUCACUCUGGUAGUAGCAGUAGUAGUAGUACUAGUACUGGUAUUCGUAAUAGUAGUAGUGUGCAGAAGAGGAGAACGUGAGAAGAUGAUUCUUUUUGCUUUAAACCAAAGUGUCUCUUGUUAUGAGUGGGUUGUGAAUGUAUAAUGACUUCAUGAAGGUCCAUGAGGGACUUCCUGUCCAGGCCUCACAGACCUGUGCUCUUAUUUUGUAGAAGAUGUGUGUAAAAUGUAAUUCUAUUUAGUCGUUAUUCAGAUCCAAAUAAACCCUGAACCUGAUCUCCACUGAUCCGUCCAUCCAUCCUCCGCAUUGUUGUCUUUUAACAUGUUGAUUGUUG